CAGUGUUCAGUCAGUUCAGUUCACUUCUUCUUGUUCUUUCUUCCUGUUGCCCUGUAUUUCAACAAGGUAAUCACUCGCACCGAAAAUGUCUGACACCGAAGGAGAGGUUGUAGCACCCGCAACUGGAGGUCCCACCGACAUCAACUCAGCUCUGCAGGAAGUUCUCAAGACUGCUCUCAUCCAUGAUGGUAUCUCACAUGGACUUCAUGAGGCCACCAAGGUUCUGGACAAGAGGCAGGCCUUGCUGUGUGUUCUUGCCGAGAACUGUGACGAGCCAAUGUACAAGAAACUUGUCCAGGCUUUGUGCAACGAACAUCAGAUCCCUCUAAUCAGAGUAGACAACAACAAGAAGCUGGGAGAGUGGGCCGGUCUCUGCAAGAUCGACAACACUGGCAAGGCGAGGAAGGUUGUUGGUUGCUCAUGUGUUGUUAUCAAGGACUACGGUGAAGAGACAGCUGCCCUUGAUAUGCUCAGAGAGUACAUGAAGACACAAGGCGUUGUUUCGUAAAAAUGUAAAUUAUUAAAAAUAUAAAAAUAAAUGUUUUUAAAAAAAG